UUAGUCUGCACUAAUUUGAGGUAUUUCUUGUGCAAUUAGUGAUUAUUACUAUAUGAUAUUUUUUAUUUUAUUUUAUUUUUUAUUUUUUGAAAAUGUACUAUAUGAUCUAUUUAAAUGCCACUAGUUCUUUGACAAUGAUAUGUGCUGAGCCGGUUAGCCCUAUCAAUUUCCCCUGUCGUAUGUUAACCACAUAAUCACCAUAUUCAUUCAUUAUUUUUUUUUUGAAAUGACCAUAUUCAUUCAUUAAUUGUCAUGAAUUAUGAAUUGACAUGAGCCUCUUCAUCUCCCAUUCACUAACGUUUUUGUAACGCUAAUUACUUCCCACUCUACAUAAACCCUUGCCUCUUCUUUGCCUUUACACACCGAUCUCUCACUCACCUACGAAUCUGACAACCGAAAAUGGCUUACACAUCUAAGCUUUUCCUUCUCACAGCUCUGCUUGUUCUGACCAUGUCAUUUGUGGUCAGUACUUCUCGAUCAUCGAAUUACCCAACUGGGAGAAAAUCAAACCUUGCAGCCAGAUUGAACUUGGAUGAAGAAUCAUCAACCUGCUGGGAGUCCUUAUUUCAGCUCCAGGCAUGCAGUAAAGAGGUUGUCUUGUUCUUCCUCAAUGGUGAGACUUACUUAGGAGACGGCUGUUGCAAAGCCAUUCGAACCAUUGAGCACCAGUGUUGGCCAGCCUUGCUCGGGUCCCUAGGGCUUACCACGGAAGAGACUGAUAUACUAAAGGGUUACUGCGAUGAAGCUGAUCAAAUCCAAUCACCUCCGACAUCGCCUUCACCACCAUCUGUUCAUCAGCCUACUGGAAAACUUGUUCCGGAUCUGGACAAGUUGAUUCCGUGAAGAUUUUACUUUUGGUUUAUGUUAUGUAGGAUGAGUAGGAGCCUAGUAUGUAUGCUCCAUGUCUUAAUUACUAUCACGUUUAGUUAUCUGUGUACUU